CUCAACCCCUGUGUCCGGCCCAAUAGAAGAGGCGCCAUGGCCCCCAAACUCUUCGCCGUCCUGUGUCUGGGUGAGUCCUGGAAGGGAAAGGAGGGCAGGGUUGGGAUGGAAAAUGCUCUCUUGAAGAACUGGCCUCUGUAUAACCCAGGACUGGGCGCGGGAAGCCAGGUUCAUCCACCCUCUGAAUCCAGGCUGAGCUGACAAACCGUUACAAGGAGGGCAGGAAUCACGUGCAGACGCCAUUGCUUGUUGUUUUGUUUCUUCCCCAGGACUGUGCCUGGGCCAGAAGAUCUACACACGGGUGGGUGAGUCCUGUCCCAGUCCCAGGCGCCGCGGUGGCCAAGCACAAAGUGUUCUCCAGGCAGGGAGGGUGGACACGAAGCCAGGCCGACGCGGAUGACGUGGGGAGGGCUUUGCCGUGAGCCCCGGAAACACAGGAAGGGGGGUCCUGGGGAGACCCCAGGCUCCAUCUUGUUCUAGAAACCCCCUGUAGGCAGCCCCUCGGCUCAGCCAGUCUCCUGAAGGAGCCUGUGGUGUUCAGAAUCCGGGUGUCUGGGGCGGGUUUGGGCACCCUCUGUCGGGAGGCAGGGACCCGGUGCCCGGCACUUGUGUUGGGAAUUGUUUAAACCAGUUGACAUGGUUCUGUGUUGCUUGUAUCUGGUCAGUUUCCUCCUUCUCUUCCAUGCACAGAUGUGUGUUGUAGACAAAAGUUAGGAGGAACCUGGCUCAAUGUUGUAUCAUCAUGCCCAGUAGAACACUAUUCCAGGAAGACCUUCCAUGUCCACUCUGGGGUGGGCCGGGUCCCUGUCCCACCACCAGGUACCCAGGGCAUCAGGGGCUUCAUGUUACAGGGCAAAGCAGAACAGUGGGAAGAAGGAAAGCCCCCAAGGACAGUGGCGGGUGGGGGGCUCCACACUCCCCUCUCUAGGCUGCGCCUCCUCCUCUUCCAGGUGCUCUGUACAAACUCUCCCUGUCAGCCCGGCCGAGCCCUGUGGUUCCCCAGGGAGGACGUGUGACUCUCUCCUGUGAUUCUCAUCUUCGGUUUGUCACAUUCAAAAUAUACAAAACAUCUGGGACCCAGGACCGUGAGCUGCACACUGGCCGUUCCAAUGACUUCACCAUCAACCCUGUGACCCCAGGACAUGCAGGGACCUACAGAUGUUCUGGAUCUUUCAGCCGCACCUCACAGUGGUCAGCUGUGCACAGCAACUCCCUGAUGCUAUUGGUCACAGGUGCAUUCACAAAACCUUCCAUCUCAGCCCACCCAAGCUCCCUGGUGGCUGCGGGAGUUAGGGUGACCGUGAGCUGUCACUCGGAGCUGGCAUUUGAUGAGUUUAUCUUAUACAAAGAUGGGCACACACAGCAUUCCCAGGAACUUGACACGAGGUUGGAGGCUGGGACUUACUACGUCAAGGCUGUCUUUUGCCUGGGUCCUGUCACGCCGGCCCAGGCAGGAGCCUACAGAUGCUGUGGUUCUUUCAGUCACUCCCGCUAUGAGUGCUCGGCUCCCAGCGACCCCCUGGAGAUUGUGAUCACAGGAAAACACAAAAAGCCUUCUCUCUCCACCCAGGAGGACCCCAGGAUGGGGAGUGGAGAGAACGUGACGUUAUUCUGCAUCUCUGAAAUCUCAUUUGACCGGUACCAUCUGUGGAGAGAGGGGGCUCCUUAUGGCCAGUGGCUCAGUGGAGGUCAGGGACACAGGGGAGCAUUCCAGGCCAACUUUUCUGUGGGCCUCGCAACGCCAGCCCAUGGAGGGACCUAUAGAUGCUACGGUUCUUUCAAUGCCUCCCCCUAUGAGUGGUCGGCCCCCAGUGAGCCCCUGCACCUUUCUGUCACAGGAGACCCUAAGAGUACUCCUCUGUUGAUCAUGGAAUCCACCCCUAAAUCUGACACGCUCCUUCCUCAAGGACAGUCCAGCAACCUGGGUAUCCUCAUUGGGCUCUCAGUAGCGGUCAUCUCCAUCGGCAUUUGCCUCUCUGCUUUCACUGGUUACUGGUGUUCCGUAAAACAUCACACCCCCAUGGCCAACACAGAGCCCAUGGAAGGCCAACAGACGGAUGAAGAGGACCCUGCAGGAGAAGCAGCACAGGAGAUGGUGUAUUCCCAGUUAAACCAGCACACCCUCUCUCAGAGAGGAGUCACUCCCACCCUCCCGUGUACCGAGUACCUCUCGGAGGAGCCCAGUAUCUACACCGCCGUCCACCAAGCCUAGGCGGGGGCCAGAGCUGCCCUCAGUCUUUGAGCACAAGGGGCAUUCAUGACCAAGGACCUGGAUCUAUUCCCAGGAGGAUUUUUUUUUUUUUGAGAUGGGGUUUCGCUCUUGUUACCCAGGCUGGAGUGCAAUGGCGUGAUCUCGGCUCACUGCAACCUCCACCUCCUGGGUUCAGGCAAUUCUCCUGCCUCAGCCUCCUGAGUAGCUGGGAUUACAGGCACGCGCCACCACGCCCAGCUAAUUUUUUGUAUUUUUAGUAGAGAUGGGGUUUCACCUCAUUGACCAGGAUGGUCUUGAUCUCUCGACCUCGUGGUCCACCCGCCUCGGCCUCCCAAAGUGCUGGGAUUACAGGCUUGAGCCACCAUGCCCAGCCCCUAGGAGGAUUUUUUCCGUGGACAUUCCUCCUCCUUCUGGUCCUAUCUUGAUACCUCCAAGCUGGCAACAGCACAGUCUGAAUGCCUGUGGGAUGAUCUCAGAAUUCCAGCACUGCUUCGCAGACAGCUAGCCAUUCUGUGAUUCUAUUUUGAGCAUCCAGCCAUUUAAGGUGAUUUGACUCUACCCACCCUCUCAUUCUGGACAUCUCCCUAAUGUCACCUGACUUAUUCUGAAACUCCGCAGACAUGCUUCUAGAAAGCUGAUGCAUACCCUCAGCCAGUUUAGUCUCUAAAUUACUCAGUAAGUUUAUUUUAAAAAUUUUUUGGACGUAUUUACUGCUUUUAUUGCAAUGUGAUUUUUUUGGAUUAUGUUAUCACAGUCUUUUUUUUAUUGUACUGUAAGUUCUGGGGUACAUGUGCAUAUUUUUGCAGGAUUGUUGCAUAGGUACACACUUGCCAUCGUGGUUUGCUGCCUCCAUCCCCCCAUCACCCCCAUCAGGCAUUAGUUCCGGGGCACGUGUGCAGGAUAUGCAGGUUUGUUACACAGGCAAACGUGUGCCGUGGUGGUUCACUGCAUCUAUCAAUCCGUCCCCUAGGUAUUAAGCCCAGCAUGCAUUUGUUCUUUUCUCUAAUGCUCUCUGCACCCCCUGCCCUCCUCUGACAGGCCCUAGUGAGUGUCGUUCCCCUCCCUGUGUCCAUGUGGUCUCACUGGUCAGCUCCCGCGUCUAAGUGAAAACAUGCAGUGUCUGGUUUUUUUGUUCCUGCGCUGGUUUCCGUGUCUCUGCAGAUGACAUGAUUUCAUCCUUUUCAUGACUGCGUAGUAUUCAGUGCAGUGCGUGUAGCACAUGACUUUAUCCAGUCUAUCAUCGAUGGGCAUUUGGGUUGAUUCCAUGUCUUUGCUAUUACUCAAUACAAUUUUGCCGAUUUGAAGUGUGUUCUAUAUCUGAGUCACCUAAUAUGGUAGCCGCUUGUCAAAUAUGGCUUUUUCACUUAGAAUAGAUCAAAUUACAUGAAGUUUAAAAUUCAAUUCCUCAGCCACAGGGCCACAAUUUCAGCUCUCAGAGCCACGCAUGGCUGCUGGCUGUCAGAAGAGCAUGAAUAAGAAUGUUUUCUUUGUCAGAGGAAGUUCUGGCUGUUGCAGAUGAAAGGUCCAAACUUGAAGAGGCAGAGUGUAUUUUCUCAUGGAGUGCAGCCUCCUGGAAGAGCCCUAGUGUCAGGAAAUGAUAAUAUUUAACAUCUAUUGUGAGAUCGUCUUUAUCUAAUGAAAUGCGGGGAACAAGCAGAAUUCUCCCCUGGAGUGUCUUGUCAUCUCUUAUCUUCGUGCAAAUUUCUGCCAUAGAGAUUUUCUCCCAAACUCUGAGAAGGUCACCUCCUGUUUGUCCCUUUUCUCGUCCCCUGGUUUCACAUGGAGAGAAAGCACGCAUCCUUUCUCAGCACAGAAUAUUGUCUGGAAGCUGCUUUCUGAUGACCUCUAUAUCUGAGCCUUUAUUCUGCUCCUUUCUACCUGAAUUGGCACCUGCCCAGAGCAAUUCACAAACUGCUGCCCACGACCAGCUGUAGGUAGCCAACCGGUGCAUGUGCUCCUUCACCGGGGAAUCCUCACCAUUUCGUGAGCGUCUCAAUGCAGACAUCCACCUCCAUACACACGUCUUCAUCUCACAGGCUGAGCAAAGAGGCUGAUCAGCCCACAGUGUCUGUGCCCAGUAGGGUGAGUGUUUAUUGCCCGAUCCCCACUGGUCUUUUAUGCAUGGACUGUGAACUUUUGGAGGCAGGACUGAGUUUGAUUAACCUCUGGGACUCAAGCCACCUUCCAAGGAUCCUGCCCAUAGGAAGUAUCAGCAACUCCAGUCUGGUGAGUGAUGAGGACACCCAACCCUUCCAGAGAGAAGAGCAUGGAGCAAACAUCAGAGAUCCUCUAAUGUUACCCAGAAACAGUUUCUCUGUCUCCCUGGGUCAAAGGGGGAUUGUGCUUCCUCCACUGUCUGGGAUAUGUGGACUAAGGGACAAAUGCUGGUUAGCGGGUGUGAGGGGGAAUGGCAGGCACACUCCCAGCCUGGCUAUCUUCUGCACAUAUUGACCCAUCCCGUAAGUUCCUCCCCCCCACUCCCCACCCCCACAACAGGCGUUGUGUGGGGUCCCUGUGUUUACGUGUUCUCGUUGUUCAACUUCCGUUUAUGAGUGAGAACAUGAGGUGUUUGCUUUCUGUUCCUGUGUUACUUUGCUGAGAACGAUGGCUUCCAGCUUCAGUUUUAACAUGUUUUUAAGGCUUGGUCGCCUGCAAGACCCAUGAGUAGAUAUGGGGUCUCACCCUGUUGGCCAGGCUGGUCUCGGACUCCUGGCCUCAGGUGACACACCUGCCUGGCAUCCCAGGCUGGUCUCAACUGUGGGGCAACUGGGGUUGUCGAACCAGGUUAACUGCAGAUGCUUCCUGCAGACCCUGCACACCUGACAUCUUCAUACCUGCGUGUCCAUUCAGGGAUGAUGUGGUGGGUGCUCGUCCUCCAGUCGAGGGCACUGACAAGCUUGGGGCAGCAGCACCAGUCAGCUUCUAUCCUGUCACGUGAGAAGCCACACUUGGAGAUCCGAGUGUACCGGGGCCUCUGUUGUUUCCCAGGACAACCUCAGCACCCUUCCCGAGCAGCCCCUCGGACAUUCAUCCUGCAGUCCAGGCUCUCGUUCUGUCUCUGGGUCGUGGGCGUGGGAUAGGGCACAGGCUGCCUUUGAAUCACUUCACAGGACAGACGAGUCUCCUGUUCUGUUUCCGGCCACCACGCUGCUCUGUGAUCUAGGGAUUCUCUGUCAGCAUCUCUUCCAGUGGGUCCAGUCUGGAGCGUAAGGGAUUCAGAGCACACAGAGGUGACCACGGGCCUGGUGCAUCCAAGCACUUCCCUGCCAGGGGGACGCGCAGAGCGUUUCCCACGCUGAGGAGCAGCCAUUCAAGACCACUGGGUCGCAGCUGGAGGCCUGUGAUGCAGCCGGGCAUCUGUUUCCAACAUCCACCAACUCAGUAAAGACAAGUCAGGACAGUUACCUUUAUUUUAUAUUGAACGUUUGAGGCUUACUAGCUUGCAUUUUUUUUUUAAAAGAAAAUGAGUUGAUAUUUUUAACUUUUAAAAAUAUCACGAUGAUUUUUUCCAUUUUUUCUUCCCCCACUCUCUGAUGUGGAAUAUUUGCACAUCCAAACCAUAAUUUCCUGUGCGAGCAUGACAAAGCUCCUAAUUUGAGUCUGCUGAGAUACCUGAGCUUGGUCCCGUGCCCAGCACGCACUGUGAGAUCAUCCCAGGCUACGGAAUGUGCCUCCUCACAACUGUGAGCGACGCAAGCAUCAGGGACGUGUGACCAAAUCUAGGAGUUUAGGGAUUUUCAGUGAUCAGAGGCAGAUCUGGGAGCAUUCUGUAAUGACAGUGUGUUCUCAAAUACCUGGCCUACAGUGAGUUAUAUUUUUAGAAAUUACAGUGUUCAUUACACACACGCAGCUGUUCCUUCUCUGCACUCACAGGAAACCCACAGAGAACCCUCCGCAAACACCUCUGUAUCUGCAUUAAAGUGUAAAACCACCUAAAAGGCCAUCUUGCUGUUUACUAAUCGUGCAUACAGUUGAACUUGUGUGUGUGUCUUCUAGAUACAGCCAGGUUCAAUGGCAUUUGCUAAAUACACGCCACUAAUUAACAACCGUCGUCUUGGGGGUUCUCCGGGUCAUUUGAACAUGGAGACCUACCUCUUCAUCUCUCCUAAGAAUUACCUUUUAACAGGUUUUUAACAUCAU